GUCUCUGGGGGUCAGACGGCAACAAUGAGGAAUAAGCAGAACGAUGGUCUCCGAGCAAGCGGCGCCGUUUGCGCGCGUUUACGCACGGCGGCAGGUCCGAAUCCCACAAAGCAGGGACCCAGCACACCUGAGAUCAUCAUCGUCAUCAUCACAUCGGUGAUUUUGUCUGUCACCACCCAGCCAGCAUCAGCUCAUCCUCAGUGCCUGGACUUUGAACCACCUUUCAAACCUCAGUGGCACCUGGAGUUCUGCUCCCAGUAUGAGGAGUUCGGCUGCUGCGACCAGGCGACGGACAACGUGAUCGCGGAGAGAUACUGGGACAUCAUCGAGCAGCUGGAGACGGCGGGUUACGAUUUAUGUGAGGACCUGCUGAAGGAGAUCAUGUGCCAGGAGUGCUCCCCUUACGCUGCCCACCUCUACGAUGCAGAAGACCCCUACACCCCCGUCAGGGACCUGCCGGGGCUUUGCCUCGGCUACUGCUCCAAGUUUCACAGCCGCUGCCGCCACGUGCUCAAAUACCUCACGGAGAACCGGCUGCUGCUGGACACCUCCGGGCGGGACGUGGCCACGUUCUGCAGCCUCGUUGACCUCCCGGACCAGGACUACUGCUACCCCAACGUUCUGAAGAGCGCCGACCUCAACAGCAACCUGGGACGAGUGGCGGAGGACCCCAGAGGGUGCCUCCAGGUGUGCUUGACUGAGGUGGCCAACAAUCUGAGGAACCCGGUGCUGAUGCUGCACAGCGGAGACGACACGCACCGGAUGUUCAUCGCAGAGCAGGUGGGCUUCGUGUGGGUGUACCUGCGCGACGGCAGCCGGCUGGAGACGCCCUUUCUGGACAUGAGCGGCGACGUGCUGACCACGCCUUGGCUGGGGGAUGAGAGGGGUUUCCUGGGCAUGGCCUUCCACCCCAAGUACAGACACAACGGACGCUUCUUCGUCUACUACUCCAUUCAGUUCAACAGCAAGGCGGAGAAAAUACGAAUCAGCGAGAUGAGAGUGUCCAGCAGUGACAUGAACGUAGCUGACCCUUACUCGGAGAGGGUUAUUUUAGAAAUCGAGGAACCUGCUGCAAAUCACAACGGAGGCCAGCUGCUGUUUGGUCGAGACGGCUACUUGUACAUCUUCACAGGAGACGGCGGAAAAGCUGGGGAUCCAUUUGGGAAGCAUGGCAAUGCACAAAACAAGAGUGCUCUGUUGGGUAAGGUGCUGCGCAUUGAUGUGGACGGAAGUGACUCCAGGGGGAAGCCGUACAGGAUCCCCCCCGAUAAUCCAUUCCCCGCAGAUCCAGACGCUCGACCAGAGGUGUUUGCAUACGGGGUACGAAACAUGUGGCGAUGCUCCGUGGACCGGGGCGACCCAGUGAGCGGCUAUGGCGCGGGCCGGAUAUUCUGUGGAGACGUUGGUCAAAACCGCUAUGAGGAAAUUGACAUUAUUAUCAACGGGGGGAACUACGGGUGGAGGGCCAAAGAGGGCUUUGAGUGCUACGACAUCAAGCUGUGCCAGAACUCCUCUCUGAAUGACAUCCUCCCCAUAUUUGCAUAUAGCCAUCAUGUCGGGAAGUCGGUGACGGGGGGAUACGUGUACAGAGGAUGUGAAUCACCCAAUCUGAACGGCCUGUACAUCUUUGGAGACUUCAUGAGUGGUCGACUCAUGGCGCUGGAGGAAGACAAAACAGCUGGAACCUGGAAAGAGAAGAGCAUAUGCAUGGGGAGUACAACCACCUGCUCGUUUCCUGGACUCAUCAACCAUCACCACAAAUUCAUCAUCUCCUUUGCUGAAGAUGAAGCAGGGGAGCUGUAUUUUCUGGCCACUUCAUACCCCAGUGCCGUGUCCCCCUCUGGAACAGUGUUUAAAUUCAUGGACCCUUCAAGGAGAGCUCCUCCGGGAAAAUGCAAACAGAAACCGCUCCCUGUUAAAGUGAGAGGGAAAAAGUUUCCAUUCGUCCCCAGGGAACUGACUGUGCUGAAGACAAACGAGAAACCAACGAGACCACCGCCAAGAAAAUACAAACUGACCACCAAACCGCCAGUGACCAGCGGCCAGCCCAGAUCCACGACGACUGCAGCCAGCACCACCGCCGCGACCGCCGCUGCCGCCAAGCCGGACAGAAAACCACCCCCCAAGGCUGUCACCAAGAAUAAGAAGAAGCCAUGGAAGAAAGAGAAAGAGAAAGAGCACAGGGGCAAAGAAGCGCAGAUAAAAAAGAGCCCCGUGGGUAAGAAAUCUAAGCCACAGACGAAGAAGACAGCUGUGAAGACGUCUGUCAAAGCCAAGGUAAAAUCAAAGACAAACCAGGCCGCCACGGACAAUUCACACAAGAAGUCAUCCAAGGGUCUGAAAGACAACAAAAUCGUCGCAAAGUGGAGAACCCCCCAGACGAAAAGUGCACAAAAGCCAACAGGACUGAAAAGAAAAAUAUCUCAGAGGGAACAUCUUAUCUUCUCAAAUAAAACUAAGACAGGUGUCACUAUAAAUAGGCAAAAACAGAAGAAGUUACCUUGGGUAAGAAGCAGGCAUUCAAAAAAAGCCGGAGCACUGUGAGAAAAAUCCUUCUGUUAGUGAAUUAAUGCUUUGAUCAGGUUGAGCGUUGCUUUAUGUUAUGAAAUAUGCGUAUUGGCCUCUCUGCCAUGGGUCAAAAAGAAACGUAAGUAGCAGAUUUCAGUUUGUAAACUUCAAAAACCUUCUGGCCUUUCCUUCCACAGCAAAUUCAAGUUUAUGCUUAGCUAAUUAUCUAGGUAUGCAGUUAACUGUGAUUUAAUGUGCAUGAGAUUAAAUCAUAUCCAGAUGGGCCCUAUUCACUAAUUAGAUGACUUCUGAAAGCAUCUGCUUAAAUUGGAUUUUAUUUAAACGUAUUAGAUUAAAGGGCACUGAAAGUCAUCCAUCCUUUUUCUUCCACUUCACAGUUAUGUGCUACUUUUUGCAGGGUGUGCAACCGGUGGCUCUGGAUUUCUAAAUGUCUUUAAAUAUGCAGGGGUUGGACAAUGAAACUGAAACACCUGGUUUUAGACCACAAUAAUUUAUUAGUAUGGUGUA